AUGGACUCGAUUCUACCGUAUCUCUUGACGCAGGCCAGCAAUGUCGUGGACGUUGCCGCCGCUCUGCAUAUCUUCUACGAUGAAAUUCCACAAUAUCGGGCCGAUAUUGGCGACGUCCUUGGGCUGUUGAAGCAGAUCGGCGACUUGCUCUACGCCGUUGAAGGUGCCAUUGCGACCUCUCCGAACGCGAGAACUUCCCCGACACUCGCAAUGGAUCUGAACAUAUUCACAAGAGGCCAGUAUUACACACUCGUAGCGUUUAGGAAGAUGAUGCGCGACUCCAGGCCCACGGCCUUCGGGAGGCCGUCGUAUGCAGCUGCAUGGAACCUGAUGUCGUUGAAGAUGCGAGAUGAAGGGUGUGCGGUCCAUUCAAGGCUCCGAAUGUAUAUCACCUUCUUGAGUAACAUCAUUGAAGCAAUUCGAAGAAUAAUCAAUAUAGCCGAGAUGGCAGAUAUCCGAGUUCGUCUAACCGGUUUACUCCACGCUCAAACGCCGAUAUCGGGACCCUAUCGCAUUUUCGGGACACCACUAAUAAACCAUCAAGUCCCACCACCACCACCUCACCCAGCCCAUGGAAUGCCCGGUGCCUUUCCCGGCGAUUUUCCCUCCCCCAUCUCCCCUAUCUCCACCACCUCCGGACCCAGCGUAGGCGACGAGUUCUUCCCCAUGAUGUCUAACUCCCCGCGGCCAACCACCCCGUUCGCAGCCCCAGCACCCCACUCGCGCCACUGGGCCACCAAGAUAUUCGAGGCGCAACCCCCGCGCAGCGUCUUCCGCGUCCGCGGACCCCGAACCAAGUGCCUUGGCCGAGAUGAUGCGACGGCGUCGGAGAACCUACGACAUAAUCGCUAUCAGGAGGUCGCGCGGGUUCCGUUUUCGAAUGGGGCCCUUCUGGUUCGGUUAUAUUUGCGGGAUGCGGAUCAACGCGCGAAGGUGCUGGUUACGGGGUCGGAUCAGCAACGGUUCGAUAUGCUGUGCAGCAUGCCGAUAACCGGACUCAAAUGCGUUCGGAAGCGCUCGUAUGUGGAGCUCCAUCGGAUCAAUCGAGAGUACCUACGGCCAGAACUCUGGGCGAGUCUGAGCUUCUCAACUUCGGAAGCCAUGAAGAGUCAGGACUCAAGCGUCGUCGCUCAUGGACUGGACGAUUACAUCUCCCCGCUAGACUACGAGUCUGUCGAGUUCACCGGGAUGAUCACUUCCCGUACUUUCCUCCAUGUUCUCCGAAUCUACCGCGACCUCUCCACCAACUCAGUGCGGCUGGAAGCCUCUCCUCUGCGCGGAAAGUUCGCCGGAAAGCCGAUCUGGACGGCGUUUGUGACCCAGUUUAUCGGAUCGCGCACGUGGAUGGAGCUGCACGGGAACGUCGUGAAGCUUCUAGAUUUGCGACCCUACAUGUUCUGCGAUGGGUAUGAGCUACCGAGAAGUCAGUCCGGGCGGUACAUUCUGACAUUCACCGAGACGAGAGAUGCGAGGAGUUUUUAUGAAACGUUUCAUGGUAUUCGCACGAGUUGA